UUGGGUGACUCUCUGCGUUUAACUGUUGAGGGACCUCACAAUAAAUACACAUACAAUGCAUUGAUUCCUUUGCAAGUCACAGAUUCACGCCAUUAAACAAAUCCCAACCUAUUCUUGAGCUUCUUAUCCCUGUACCGGUAAUGUGAGAAAAAAGGCGACUUUUUGUCUUGAUUCUCCAAUGGGUUGUUGUGUAAGCACCCAUGGAACUUCAACAAAGCACCAGAAUUUCCAAGCGGUAUCUGAAUCUUUGAAGCCCAAUUCAACUUGUGAAAGUAGAGCUCCACCCCCUUCUAUUGAAGAAGAAACAGUUAAGGAGGUCCUCUCUGAAACUCCCAAACUCAAGCCGCCACCAUCAGCAGUACCCCAACUUCUACAACCGAUCAAGAAUCCACAACUGGAACUCCAUCACCAAGAAACUAACAGCAAGAAAAUCCACAUUAACCCACCAUUUCCUGAUGAGAAGAUCAAACCAAAUGGUCACAAGAAUGAUGAGUUCAUUUUCAAAGAAAAAGAAAUCUCUGAACAGGAAGUAUCAGAAGUCUGCAGCUUGAGCUUCAGCGAGACUGUGUCAACUACGACCUUCAACAAUGACAAAAGGGAUGAAGAUGACGAUGAUGGCGAGGAAGUGAAGCAAAGAGUAAAGAAAUCUCCGGUAGCAAAAUUGACUCUAGGAAACAAGGCAGUUUCAGGCGAUUUUGGCCCCAGGCGAGACAGGGUUCUGGGAAAGUCACCCAACCGUAGAAUCGAGCAGUCACCGGACAAAAUAAACAAUGCCGGUCGUGGAGGUGGAGGUUCAGUGAGGUUGGUUCAAAGCAGGGAGUCCGGUACUUAUCAGGCGGGAAGACAAGGGUUGAAGCCCGACGCAAAUAGGAGAGACCCAGGUGAGAUCUCCGGGAGGAGGUUUGGGUCUCCGGCCAACAAUAGAUCUAUAAUGGGUCAUAGCCCGUCGACAAGGAGGACGAACGGGUCUCCGAGUCGGGCAAGAACUGAUCUGACCCAGAGCAGUGGCGGUGGCGGUGGCGGUGUUAUGGAGUGUAAGUGGCCAUGCACUUCAGAUACUAGUGGAACUUCAACAACUGAGUCCCUUGAAAACCCACUUGUUUCCCUUGAAUGUUUCAUCUUUCUAUGAAGAGGCACAAAAUUCUCGCCGGAAUUACUCCUCCGGUGGGUUUGUUGGUGCAUUUUGUGAAACAUUAUAUUUUUGAGAUUUAUUUUUCUUAUGUGAAUAUUAGUUGGGGUAAAUUUCGAAAUGAAAACUAAGGAGAUAUUAUUGCGUUA